AUGCCGAACUCUGCGCUUCCCGCUCAGGAGACCCCGUCCUCCAAUCAGCUAUUCGGCAACGAAAGAGAUCAGAGUGUAGAUUAUUCUUCUGCCGAUUCCGAUAAUGAUAUCGGGGCCAAUGGCUCGAGGAUAUUAAAGCGGAAACGCCCCCUCACUGUCUCGUGCACAAAUGUGUAUCUCCUAAUAUGGGGUUACAAAAUAGACCGAGUGCUACCGAGCUGUGGAUGGUGUACCCGCAAUGGUCAACUAUGCGAAUAUAGAGAGCGAAAGAAACCUGGUCUGAGGGCCGGGUAUGGCAAAGAAUUGGAGCAACGCCUUGAUCGACUGGAAAAUAUUAUCCAAUCGCAAGCUCGCCUGAUUGAGAUGCAUAUCAUCCAAUCGCAAUCAUCAAUGAGCCAUGAAUUGCCUCACACCGGCCCUCUUUCAUACAGCUCCCCGUCAGAACCAUCGGCGCCUCAUGGGCCCAGCCCCAGUACUGCUUUGUACUUUAAUGACCCCGGGUCUUCGAUGACUUUGCCAUCGCGCCGUGCAGAUGUAUCAAUUACUAGUCCAUCUGAUACAUCGGCGAAGAAUGCCUCACAAGGCCACCUGCAACAUGGCAUCGCUGCACCAGCAGGAUCCUUGCUACAGGCCCAAAACACACAGCAUGACUACACAGGGAACGAAUCAUCCUUGAAAGUUCCUGUCAACAUUUUCUCAAAUCAGGAGCAGUCUCUUACUGAUCCUGACCUUGAUUUGCCACCAUAUGAUCUGCUCUAUGCACUGGUGGAUCUCUAUUUCGAGCAUAUCAAUUCCUGGUGUCCGAUCCUCCACCGACGAACAACGCUAGAUACCUUCUUUGGUCCAUCACCACUGGAAGAGGCAGAUAGAAUGGUUCUUUAUGCAAUCGUGGCAACUACACUGCGCUUUUCCUCAGAUGCUAGGCUUAACGAUCAAAACAGAAAGCGUUACCAUGACUCGUCCAAACAAAAAGUCCUUCUAUACGGCUUGGAAAACUCUUCCGUGAAGGCACUUCAGGCACUUGUAAUAUUGGCCAUCGACUUGGUUGGCUCGUCCAAUGGCCCACCCGGUUGGAAGCUUCUUGCCUUGAUAACACGAUCAGUAGUUCAGCUCGGCCUGGCCGUUGAAGCCAAAUCGUCCCUCAUCAACCCCCUCUAUCCCUCUAUCUACACAUUGAGAGCUGUCACCCUCUCUGAACCGGAUUCAUGGAUUGAAGACGAGAGCAGACGACGUCUUUUCUGGAUGGUCUAUUUGCUUGACCGAUAUUCGACUCUCGCGACUGCAUUCAAUUUCGCCUUGGACGACAGAGACAUCGAUCGCAGGCUCCCAUGUAAGGAUGAUUACUUUAUGAAGAAUCAGCCCGUUGAGACCCGGUGGUUCCACUGCUCCAGCGACCGUGCAGACUAUAUAAGUCACGCAGAAAAUGUCGGAUCCUUCGGGCUUUAUGUCGAGAUCUUGGGCAUUCUCUCAAGAAUUCACUUGUUCUUGAAACGGCCUGUAGAUAUCGGCGCUCUCUCCGAUGUCGAGGAAUGGCAGGCUACCUAUCGCAAACUCGACAGUGAGCUGACAUCAUGGGAAUUCAAUCUUCCAGCGGAAUAUGCAUAUGAAAACUCAUCUCGACUAUUCAAUGGUUCUAAAAAUGGUCGAGCUGUGCAUAGCGACUGGGUGCAAUUACAUGCCACCUAUCAGACGGCUGUAAUCCGUCUGCACUCAUCAGCAGCAUACCCGACAACUCGAUCCCCAAUAUUCACACCUUCAUACAGUGCGAGCCAGCGAUGCUUACUCGCUGUCGAAAAUAUACUAUCAGCAACAAGAUUCGUCGUAGAGAGCAACAUGCUAGACAAGAUGGGCCCACCUUUCGCCUUCACUCUAUGGGUAUCAGCACGUCUCCUUCUCGUUCACGGCUCAACGAUUGCACACACUGUCAGCGCCGACAUUCUCUUCUUUGUGGACACCCUCUUCCAGCUAGGCAAAUAUUGGAAAGUCGCAGAGCGAUACAGCAGCAUUCUCCAACGCGUUCUUGAUGAAUACAACGAAUACCAGCAAUCUAUCGCCCUAGAUGGAGAACGCUCUACACCAUCUACAGUCAAGAUCCUUGCCGAUAUGCGUCGCUGUGCAUUUGACCUAGACUUUUUGAUUUCCCGCCAGCCACGGGAAUCGCCCGCAGACAAUGGAAUAGGCGAAAGCCACCAACCCAGACCGCCUGUCCCUGCAAUGCCACCCCGGAACUUUGCCCCCAACGAGCUUGAGUACCUUGAUGUCUUUGGCUUCUUCAAUGUGCCCCGCGUUCCUCCAGCGAGAGCCCCUGAUUCGGCUUCUGCUCCAUCUCAUAUGGAUAUCCCUGAGACUGUACCAAAUCCUAUGUCUAUUCAUGGACUGACCGAUGCGGGCUCCGCGCCUCCGUCGGGGUCGGUUGUUGACGGUAGCCAUCACUCUAACUCGAAUGAGUUUAAUAUCACCAAUUAUUUGAUCCCGACGCCGGAGACGGAUUGGCUGUUUCGCCCGUCCUAG